GAGAAAAAGAAAGACGCGGAGUGGAAGGACGGAGAGACGCGCAAAGCGGCAGACCGCAUCAAAACUGUUGAUCUCAUGCGCAGCCAGGAUGGCACAGUCUGCCUUCAAAAGUUUGACGCGGCGUUUCUAGUCACAGUUGGGAUUACUUUGGACACUCGGUGAGUUUGUGCCCCGCUGUAAACACUGACGUGUGCCUUAUUUAUUGUUUUGCUUCGCUGCGUUGGACGGACGGAGCGGGUUUUUCGCCGCGUCCCCCCCUUCGGGUGGAUUUGAGAGAAAUGAGUGAGAGGAGGCGAUCUGCCGCAGCUCUGAGCUCUAGAGCCCACGCUUUUUCCGUGGAAGCCCUGAUCGGCUCCAACAAGAAGAGGAAGCUCCGGGGCUGGGAGGAGAAGGAGCUGGAGUUGUCCAUGGAGAGCCUCGCCACGGACGGAGAGGACCCGGCGCACUGUCUGGAUAUGGACCCGGACUCGGAGGCGAGUCCCGGCUCAGACGGAGAGGGUCUGGCCGAGAGGACGUCGUGCUCCUUCGGCUCACCUGCCGACCUUGCCCCCGGCCCCUGCGACCCGUCGCCCCCGGCUUCCAUGGAGGAGAUCCAGGUGGAGCUGCAGUGCGCAGACCUGUGGAAGCGCUUCCAUGACAUCGGCACUGAAAUGAUCAUCACCAAGGCUGGAAGGAGGAUGUUUCCUGCCAUGCGAGUAAAGAUAGCAGGCCUGGACCCUCAUCAGCAGUAUUACAUCGCCAUGGACAUCGUACCUGUGGACAACAAGAGAUACAGGUAUGUGUACCACAGCUCCAAGUGGAUGGUGGCAGGAAACGCCGACUCCCCGGUACCACCGCGGGUCUACAUCCACCCGGACUCUCUGGCCUCAGGAGACACCUGGAUGAGGCAGGUGGUCAGCUUCGACAAGUUAAAACUCACCAACAACGAGCUGGACGACCAGGGACAUAUCAUCCUCCACUCCAUGCACAAGUACCAGCCUCGUGUUCAUGUCAUCAGGAAGGACUUCAGCAGCGAACUGUCGCCCAACAAGCCAGUGCCCAGCGGGGAGGGAGUCAAGACCUUCAGCUUCCCUGAGACGGUCUUCACUACUGUCACUGCUUACCAGAACCAGCAGAUCACCAGACUAAAGAUCGACCGAAACCCGUUUGCCAAGGGGUUCCGGGACUCGGGCAGAAACAGGACCGGCCUGGAGGCGAUCAUGGAGACCUAUGCUUUCUGGAGACCUCCUGUGAGGACACUCACGUUUGAAGAUUUCACCAAUAUGCAGAAACAGCAAGGUGGAAGCACAGGUACUUCUCCCACAACCUCCAGCACAGGGACCCCGUCCCCCUCUGGUGCGGCACACCUCCUGUCCCCUUCCUGCUCCCCUCCAACCUUCCACCUGGCCCCCAACACUUUUAAUGUAGGCUGCAGGGAGAGCCAGCUCUGCAACCUGGGGCUGUCUGAGUACCCAGCUUGUGCUCGUAGCAACAUGGCGGCCCUGCAGGGCUACGGCGGCCUGGCCGACAGUUCCUACGGACGCCUCCAGGCUGCAGGGGGUGCUGUGGCCUCUGCUCAGCCCUCUGAAUCCUUCCUGCCACAGAGGACUUCAUCCUUGAUUGCUGCUGGCAUGCAGGGCGGCGCGCAUGCCUCCCUGACCAGCGGUGGCGGCGGCGGCAGCGGCACCGGAGGCAAGAUGGAUGCCUACAGCGGUCAACUGGGCUCCUUCCCGGCCUCGCAGCUUCAGUACGUGAUGCAGGCGGGAGGUAGCUCCAGCUCUGCCUCAUCCUCUUCAUCCGGAUCCUCACCUUCCUCUGCUCACAUGUUCAGCGGGAGCCACCACCACGUACAGCAGGGCUCCUAUAAUGCUUUCUCCCUGCACAACCCUUACAACCUGUACGGAUACAACUUCCCCACCUCUCCUCGCUUGGCCGCCAGCCCCGAGAAGCCCCAGGGAGGGUUGCUCUGCUCCUCCUCUCCUGCCGGGGCUUUUGCUGAACGCCAGUAUCUGUCCAAUGGAGGCAUGGACACUAUGCACAUGAUUGGCAACACCACCAGCGGUCAGCAGGGCAGCAGCUCCUGUGAUGGCCGUCAGUAUGGUUCCACCUCUCAGAUGUCAAUGCACAUGGUGUAGAAACAGGGACCGACCCUCACAGUUCUCCAUGUCCAAAGUCUUUCAGCUGAAAAGCAAAUCUAUAAUCUAUGAACCCGGUGUGAAGACAACAAUGUUUUAUGGUGUUGAUGUUGAACCGGAGUUUUUACAUGAAGUGUUAAAGAACUGAGGUACAAAACAAACCUUUCAGAAAAGGAUAUCAUCUCAUGUUUUAGUUUUUGAAGACACUCCUCCACUUAAAAAGCAUUAUAGAAGGAGUCAAAACUAUUAUUUAAUUUUCUUUUAUUAAUAAAGAGAAAAAUUGGGACAGCAACCUGUUUCUCUAACUGACUCUGAGAAGAAAAACCCCAAAACAAACUCAGAUGAGUGUAAGAAGGUUAAGGAGCCCACAUGCUCUGGUUCAGAAGGGCUUAUCAACCUGAGAAUCUGUAAUGGUGCAAUAGUAGCAACAGCCCUCUUUGAGUGACUCAUUCUUGAUUUUUCGGGACUCAAAGGCCAUCCGGACAUGACAUCACCAAAGAACCAAAGAAUCUUCACUUUGAGCCAGAAGUUUUUACUUCACAAAGCACUUGUGCCUUGUCAUUUUAGAAAUGUCAGGGGGUCAGUGGUUCGCCAUCAGGGUCUGAAGUUUUGGUUGGAAUGAAAGGGACAACUGGACAAGAUCACAGAGUGACUCACUGCUCCACAUACAUGCAGGAGAUGAAGUAUCUGGACGCUGUGGUGGUUGGUUGAUGUGUCAAACAGGGUGAACACAAUGCAUGGACGCAGUAAGCCAAAUAACUGGAGGUCAGGUUAACUGAGAAACUCUGUCUUCAUCCUGAAAACUGGUUCAGGAAACCACCACACAACUGUCAUCAUCAUCCGUUUUCCUCAUAGACUGGAAUGGCUUCACUAUUUUUGAGUGGAUUAUGUUUUUAAGCAUAUAUAUAUAAGAUGGAGAAUGCAAUCAAUAACAUAAGCUUAAAAGUUGUUGUGUGAAAAGUUAUAAAAGAAGCAAUAGCAAAACAGAGUAAUUAAAGUAAGUUUUGGUGUGUUGUAGAGAUGUGUAUUUAAGUGCUGAGCAAUAUAACAAUUUUACAGGCCAAUCUGUUAUAAAAAUGUGUGAAAAAAGGGAAAUAGCAAAAUAAUUUUUGGAGGCAUUUAAAAAAAUGUAAAUACAGGUGCCAAGCACAUAAAAAGCUCAAUAAACGUUUUAAUUCA